AUGGUUGUGACCGGUGUUCGCAGAGGAAGUGUGAUCGUUGGCUUUGAUCUGAUCACUGCUCUGGAGGUCAAACUGUCAACCUCUGACGUGCAGAACAGCGUCAUCAAUGCGCUGAAAUCAUCUGCACCCGGAGUGGAUCUGAAUAUCACCUCUGUCAAAGGUUCAAUUCCAAUAACUACAUACAAUUAUCUAUUCUAUGCUAGUUAAUCAAUCAAGUGAUCUUUGAAUAAAUAUUCAAGAACUAACAGAAAUAAGGACGCUUUGGAUCAAUUGGAUGAUAGAUUUGCAUAUCUAGGUAUAAAACAGAAGUCUACAUUCACACCAGGUGGUUAUCAUGUCGCCAUGUGUAUUUAGUGGCUUUUAGUAACUUAACUUAUUACUUCAUUACAGAGGCAGAUAUCUGCCAACGAGGAGAUCACAUAUGCUCAAAAAAUGCCAGCUGUGUCAGAAAGGGACCUUCACAUACUUGUGAAUGUAAGGCAGAAUUCUACGACCAAAACCCAACCGUACCGGGUACUGACUGCAAGAGUAAGAAACGUUGUUGCUUGAAAUGUGCGCCACACUUUACAUGAAAUAAGUACUUUAUACAACAGCAACUACCAGUGGAAGAACAUAUGUUAUUACCCUGUAAUACACUAGUAAGUACAUCCAGUUAAGCGGUAUUUACCACUAUUGCACUCACUAUUUUGAAGGAAAUAUCUCUGUAGGUGCAGAUCCAUGUAAAGGCUUGUGUUCAUCACGUGCUCAGUGUGUGGUUGGUCCUGGAGGCAGCCAUGAGUGUAGCUGCCAUCCUGGUUAGAUAGAUCAGAAUCCUGUUAACCCUGGGAAGCUAUGCAAAGCUACACUAAUGUCCUCUGUCUCAAAAUGUAUCUGUCUCAAUGUCUUACUUGAGUAUCUUACACAUACUUUACAUUACAUCUUCAUGUCAUCAAAAUGUACCCACUCUAGAUCCUGCGGACUGUUUUGAUCAAGAAAAUGAAAUUUGCUCAUCCCAAAAUCAAUGUCUUCCUUCCAAGUUUCUCUGCUCAUGUAAGUUCUGAAAUCAUACCAAUUCUUCAGAUCUCACAUACGGUAUUCAGAGAAAGAGGAAUCUGUAAUACUGAGGCCUAUUUGUGCCUCUGACUGAGUCAGGAUGACCUACAGCUUAUUAUAACAACUCUCUCUGCUUCCCCCCUACAGUGAGGAAUGUUUUCAAAUUAACAGCAGAGUUAAACUCUUGGAUCUUCAAUUCCUCUCUGUACGACCCCGGGAGCGAUGCUUGGGCAUAUACCUCUACAAAGAUCAUAACAACUGUAAGUGCAUAGAUUUGUAAUUAUCAUGAUGUCAUAUUAUUAAAAAUGCUAUCUUAAAACACUAUGGUUUCUUUUCCAUAAUUACUUUUUAGACUAGACAUCUACUUUACUAUUUUUUUUAAAAUCCAGGUUGUCCCCAGAAUGCGGCGUGUUCUGUCAGAGCCAUCCUUUGACAUGACAGUGGUGGGCUUCCAGAGGGGUAGUGUGGUGGUCAGGAUGAUGUGUGGUUUUAAUGGGAAUACUUCCACUGAUGAAAGAGCUCUCCAGACUGCUCUCCAGGACACUAUCUGCAAACACCUGGACAUAACCGCCAUAGCUACCUUGAAAAGUAUGUUUAAAACAUAGGAUUGUUUUGAAUGAAUUGGCAUUUCACGGUGAUGGUGUUUGUUUUGUUCAAUUAAUGUAUGUGUCUUGGUUGUGGUUUCACUAAUUUCUUCUAUUUUAUUUUGUGUGGGAGGCUGCUUAUCUAAUAUUUUCCUUUCAGUAGUUACUGAUAGACAUUGACCAAACAUCUAUCUUUUCCCUGUAGGAAUUUCCCAGAUAUCAACGGCCCCGGGAGAAGGCUGGAAAGUGGCAACCAUAGUCCUUUGAGUUCUGCUGGGCUUGAUUUUGUUAGUCGUGGUUGUUGUUCUGAUCAGCACCACAGUGAGGAGAGCAGCUUGCAAGCUGACCUCAUACAAAAUCCAGCACACAGAGCACAACAGAUAGGUGGUGUCCAAUGACUACUUA